AUGGCUUCCACAGCAAACAUGACAAGCACAACUGUGAACCUGGUUUCAGUUUCAGAAAACAGUUUUCCCCGGCAGUGUUCGCUGUGGGAGCAAGUGUCUUUGCCCAAAAAGAAAUCUAAACUCUCUUUGGCUCGGCAAUCUGUUGUUGCCUCCUCCAUAAUUGCACCGGAGAAAACAACACCAGCAGUGUUCAGUACCCAAGAAGUGAAAACUAAACCUAGAGUGAAUCUGGCUCGUGUUUGGAGAGAGCUUCAGGGUUCCAACAACUGGGAAGAUCUCGUGGAACCCUUGCACCCUCUUCUCCGCAACGAGAUCAUUCGGUAUGGGGAGUUCGUGAGUGCAUGUUACAAGGCUUUUGACCUCGAUCCGAGCUCAAAACGCUACUUGAACUGCAAGUAUGGGAAAAAGAACAUGCUGAGAGAAGUUGGCAUGGCGGAUUCUGGUUAUGAGAUAACCAAGUACAUUUAUGCCACUGCAGACAUCAGUUCCAGCAUCCCAAUCCAGAAUUAUCUAGCUGCUAAUUGCUGCGGCCGCUGGAUCGGAUACAUUGCCGCAUCGUCUGACAAUGAGGCAAGAAGGCUUGGUAGAAGAGAUAUACUCAUAACCUUUCGAGGGACGGUGACGAACCCAGAGUGGAUUGCAAACCUAAUGAGCUCCCUGACUCCAGCAAGGCUCGACCCUCACGAUCCUCGGCCAGAGAUAAAGGUGGAAUCAGGUUUUCUUGGUUUGUAUACUUCAGAUGAAAGUAAUAGCAAGUUUGGGCUCGAAAGCUGCCGUGAGCAGCUUCUUUCUGAAGUUUCUCAGCUUAUAAACAAGUUUAAAGGUGAGGAAUUGAGCAUAACAGUGGCUGGUCAUAGCAUGGGGAGCUCACUGGGUCUUCUUUUCGCGUAUGAUGUUGCAGAGCUCGGUUUGAAUAGAAACACUUUGGAUCGAGAAAUACCAAUUACGGUUUUCUCGUUUGCCGGCCCAAGAGUUGGGAAUUCUGGCUUCAAGAGACGGUGUGAGGAAUUGGGUGUGAAAGUUCUGAGAAUAGUAAACGUUAAUGAUCCCAUCACAAAGAUGCCUGGGGUUGUGUUCAACGAAAAUUUUAGGGUUUUGGGAGGGAGAUAUGAGUUUCCUUGGAGCUGCUCAUGUUAUGCUCAUGUGGGUGUGGAGCUUGCUCUAGACUUUUUUAUGAUGCAAAACCCUUCAUGCGUUCAUGACUUGGAAACCUAUAUUAACUUACUAAAAUGUCCCAAACCAGUGCAGUUUCAGAGAGAUACGGGCAUUGAUUUCCUAAGCAAAGCAAGGGAAUUGCUACAGAGUGCACAAAAUUUCAAGCCGUCUCCAUGGAUAACUGUUGCAAGCUCUAUGAUGAACUUGGUUCAGUCUCAGAGGACUUGA